AUGAUAAAUAAAUACAUAAAAAUAAGUGCUAAAAUACCGCAACAUUUAAAAUGUAAAAUCAAACGAUUUCAUUGUGAAGGCAAUAGUAUAUGGUUUGUAACAAUUGAUGAUCUCGUCUAUACAUUGGGUGAUAACAAGUGGGGUUUACUUGAUUUGGGUCACAACAACAUAGAUAUCAAUGAACCACAAGUUAUACCUGAAUUAUGUCUGAAAAAUGUUCAGAAAUUUAUUAUUGGAAAUUCGUUUGUAUUGUGUAUAACAAGUGACCGACAAAUAUAUAGCUGGGGUUCAAAUAUAUUAAAACAAUUGGGUAGACAUACCAUCAGUGAUGAUAAGUUCAGCAAACCAGCUAUCAUUACAUACCUCAGCGAUAAAUGUAUUAUCGAUAUCACCAGUGGUUGGGAUCAUUCACUGGCCCUCAGCAGUGAUGGCACUGUCUAUGGUUGGGGUCAUAACAAUGACGGUCAGUGCGGUUGCGGACAACAAACUCAAUAUAUUCGUAGUCCAACUCGUGUUAUAUUUCCUACAAAUACUUUAAUUAAAUCAAUUUAUUCAUACUUUAACUAUUCAUUUGCCAUAACAAGUGAUGGACUCGUAUACAGUUGGGGUGACAAUCAUAACAAUCAAUUGGGACAUAAAAAUACAUUAAAAUUUUUUAAACCAGAAUUGAUUCAGAAUAUACAGAAUAUAAAAAUUCAAACUAUCAAAUCAUUAGAUAUACGAAAAUAUAGUCAACUUUAUGGAAAUAAUAGGGCAUUACAAUUGAUAAUUAAAUCUAAUAUAAAACAAUUUGAACAAAAUAUCGAUGAAAUCAAAUUAAUUCAUUUCGAUUGCGACAGUAUAUGGUUUGUGACAAUUGAUGAUCGGGUCUAUACAUUGGGCGAUAAUAAGUGUGGUAUACUUGGUUUGGGUCACAACAUAGAUAUCAAUGAACCCGAAGUUAUACCUGAAUUGUUUGAGAAAAAUGUUCAGAAAUUUAUUAUUGGAUAUGAUUUUGUAUUGUGUAUAACAAGUGAUCAACAAAUAUAUAGCUGGGGUUUGAAUGAUUGCAAUCAAUUGGGUAGACAUACCAACAGUGAUGAUGAGUACAGUAAACCAGCGAUCAUUACAUACCUCAGCGAUAAAUGUAUUAUUAAUAUUACGUGUGGUUCACAUCAUUCACUGGCCCUCAGCAGUGAUGGCACUGUCUAUGGAUGGGGUCAUAACCUAUACGGACAGUGCGGUUGCGGACAACUAAUGAAAUAUAUUGAUAGUCCGACUUGUGUUAUAUUUCCCGCAAAUACUAUCAUUAAAUCAAUUUAUUCAUACAAUUGGUGUUCAUUUGCCAUAACUAGUGAUGGAUUGGUUUACAGUUGGGAAGUCAAACAAUUGUUGAAACUUCGGUCACAAUUUGUGGUCAACUGUUUGGAUGCGUGGUUUGAGUUCAACAAUCUAUUCAUUCAAAUGGAGUUAUGUUCACAAAGUCUUAAACAUAUCAUUGAAAUGAAAGCCAAAACAUUUCAAAGACAAUCCAAUGAACCGAUGGAUUGUAUCGAGUAUUACAUUACAAGUCAUAUAACGCUAGAGAUGUGUGAAUGCGUUGAAUAUUUGCAUACAAGAAAUCCACCGGUCAUUCACCGCGACCUCAAACCUGCAAACAUACUCAUCAAUGAUAAGCCAACUGCCAAUCGGUUUAUAAAAUUAGGUGACUUUGGUCUGUCCACUGAUCACAUCCGUACGGAUACUCAUUCAAUAAGUCAUACACCAAAUUGUAAAAUCAAACGAUUUCAUUGCGACGGCAAAAGUGUAUGGUUUGUGACAUCAAUUGAUGAUCUCGUCUAUACAUUAGGGGAUAACAGGAAUGGUAUACUUGGUUUGGGUCACAACAACAAUACAGUCAAUGAACCCGAAGUUAUACCUGAAUUAUGUCAGAAAAAUGUUCAGAAAUUUAUUAUUAGAAAUGAUUUUGUAUUGUGUAUAACAAGUGACCAACAAAUCUAUAGUUGGGGUACAAAUAAUUAUCAACAAUUAGGUAGACAUACCAUCAUCAGUGAUGAUGAUGUGUACAGUAAACCAGCAAUCAUUACACUACUCAGCGAUAAAUGUAUUAUUGAUAUCAACAGUGGUUCACAUCAUUCACUGGCCCUCAGCAGUGAUGGCAAUGUCUAUGGAUGGGGUCAUAACAGUAGCGGACAGUGCGGUUGUGACGGACAACUAAGCAAUACUAUUGAUAGACCGACUCGUAUUAUAUUUCAUAAAAAUACGGUAAUUAAAUCAAUUUAUUGCUUUGAAUUGUCAUCGUUUGCCAUAACUAGUGAUGGACUAGUAUAUAGUUGGGGUCUAAAUAUUAGAGGCAAACUUGGUUUGGGUCAUAACAAUGAAAUAUAUAAUAAACCACAAGUGAUACCGGAAUUAUGUUACAAAAUGAUUAGCAAAUUUAGUAUCGGAAAUGAUAUUGGAUUGUGUUUAACAAGCGAUCAACAAGUUUAUAGUUGGGGUCGAAAAUUGUUGGGACAAUUGGGUAGACAUGCCAUCAAUGAUGAUAAGUACAGCAAACCAGCAAUCAUUACAUACCUCAGCGAUAAAUGUAUUAUUGAUAUCACCAGUGGUUCACAUCAUUCACUGGCCCUAAGCAGUGAUGGCACUGUCUAUGGAUGGGGUCUUAACACGUAUGGACAGUGCGGUUGUGGUACACAACAAAAAAAUUGGAUCAAUAGUCCGAUUUGUUGUAUAUUUCCCACAAUUACUGUCAUUAAAUCAAUUUAUUGUUUUGAAAACUUUUCGUUUGCCAUAACAAAUGAUAAUCUGGUUUACAGUUGGGGUGACAAUCGAUACAAUCAAUUGGGACAUAAA